CAUCACACGCGCACAGCUGUGACGUUUGUCUGUUUAGCAAAACUGCUCUUGCAACAUUGCUGGUUACCCUGAGAGGAUUUAAAAACAUCGCGAUCUGCGAUACACUGAUGCAUUUUUCAUCAAGAUAUACAGCGACCUUAUGAGAAAACAUAUUGUAAUGUCUCUUCCGUUUCGAUGUUGUUGUUUUUUUCAUGUAAAAAUGACAUGUUAUUGAGAAUGAAGCUGGAGAAGAGCAUAUUGCUUCGAGCACGCUAGUUAGAUGCGAUUUUUCUUUCGCCAACAGAUUUAACUCGUGUAUCGUGUUGUAUUGCAGUAAUACAACGGGUUCGUACAAUGAUCUCGAUGUUUGGAUCGAGUGGUAGAUUAGCUGUGUCUCUGAUUUUUGUUUUUGUCAGCGUGUUUGUAUUGUGUGAAUAUGUGAUCUAUUAUCCUGUUAUUCUGCGUUGCUCAUGGCCGCAAAUUGAAGCUGAAGAUUCACAUUCACCUUUGCGGGCGUUAUUUCUCUCUGAUACUCACUUAUUAGGGGCCAUCAGAGGACACUGGCUCGACAAACUCAGAAGAGAAUGGCAGAUGGAAAGAGCGUUCCAGACAUCUCUGUGGCUUCUAAAUCCAGAAGUUGUCUUCAUUUUAGGAGACGUAUUUGAUGAGGGCAAGUGGAGCUCCAGUCAGGACUGGGAUGAUGAUGUCAGACGUUUUAAAUGGAUCUUCCGUCAUCCUAGUGACACAAAGCUUGUGGUUCUUAUAGGAAAUCAUGACAUCGGCUUCCAUAACGAAAUGACUAAGCAGAAGUUGGAGCGGUUUGAGCAAGUAUUUAAUGUGACAUCAGCAAGGAUCCUCACCAUUAGAGGAGUCAAUUUCUUGCUGGUGAAUAGUGUUGCACUACAUGGUGAUCACUGCCCCAUCUGCCAACGCGUAGAGGAGGAGUUAUACAAACUCUCACAUGCUCUUAACUGCUCUUUUCAGGGUGCACAACAUGAUGGCCAGUGCAGGGACACAGAGAAUUUUGCCCCAACAGCGCCUGUUCUACUACAGCAUUACCCUCUGUAUAGAGUGAGUGAUGCCAUGUGUACAGGUGUGGACGCAGCCCCUCUGGAUGAACGGUACCAGCUGUUUCAGGAACGUUAUGAUGUUAUAUCUAAGAAUGCCUCUAAAAAGCUCUUGUGGUGGUUCAAACCCCGCCUCAUUCUGAGUGGCCAUACUCACAAUGGCUGUGAGGUACUGCAUGAGAAACUCUACCCUGAGAUCAGUGUCCCGUCCUUCAGUUGGAGGAACCGCAACAACCCCAGCUUCAUCCUGGGAAUAUUCUCCAGGUCCAACUUCAGGUUGUCAAAGUGUUUUUUGCCAGAGGAGAGGAGCGUGUUAGCGCUUUACUGCAUCAGCUGUCUGAUCAUUGCAAUGAUAACACUCAUCCAUCUAAAGAUGUUCAGAAGAUCACUGCACUUGACAAAUAGCUUUCUAGCAAAGUACAAGACUUUGUAACAUGCACAAGACAGUUUUGUG